AUGGAAGCUAAAGAAGCUAUUAAACUUGAAAAGAAGAUUCACAGAGCUGCUUUUACAAAAGCCUUCAAUGUUUUAGAAGAAAUUUUAAAGAAAAGUGAUAUAAAUUCUUCUGAAUUACAGUCGGAGCUUAAUGUUUUUGUUUCGAAAGCUCAACGUUUGGAAGAUACGCACGUGCGUUAUCUUAGCACACUGUCCGGAAACGAAAUUGAAGCAGAAUUCGAUAUUAUUGAAGAUUAUCGUGACAAGGCCGUUAGAAUCGAAACUAAAGUGAAAGAUAUUCUUCAGAAUCUACAAAAUGUAAGUACUUCAAAUUUAAUUUUGAAUGAAUCUGUUAAUGAGAAUGUACGUACUAAACGUACAUUUAAACUUCCAAAGCUUGAAUUACGAAAAUUUGAUGGUGAAAUUAAGGAAUGGUUAUUUUUUUGGAGUCAGUUUGAAAAAAUUGACAAAGAUACUACGAUUUCUGAUAGUGAUAAAUUUCAAUAUUUAUUACAAGCGACUGUUGAGGGUUCGCGUGCAAGGGAGGUUAUAGAAAGUUUUCCCCCUACAUCUGCUAAUUAUUCCAAGGCCAUAGAACGUUUGAAGGCUCGUUUUAGUCGAAAUGACUUGCAAGUGGAAGUUUAUGUGAGAGAAUUGUUGAAAUUGGUCCUGAGAAAUGCAAAUUCUAGUAAUUCCUGUAAUAACUUAUGUGCAUUAUAUGAUAAUUUGGAACAACAAAUUCGGGCUCUGGAAACCCUUGGCGUCACUACAGAUGAAAGUGCUGCAUUACUUUAUCUUUUAGUUGAAUCUUGCUUGCCUGAGGAUUUUUUUAAGAGCCUAUCAAAGAAAUGCAAAUGCUGA